AUGCUCGUAAAGAUGGGCAUGAAAUAUUGUGGGGAGCACGCGAUUUUUGAGGAGGGCAACACGAAACGGAUCAUUUGUCCAAAUGACAAUAAGCAUACAAUCCUUGCAUCGGAACUUGAAAGGCAUUUGAAAAAAUGCAAUUCUCGAGUAAUUGUCACGGACUACAUAAAAGUAGGGGCGAAUGCUGUUGUUGGCGAGACGAAAUACUAUGAAAAAAUUGAUCGGAGGCCGACGGACGAAGAGAUUAUUAGCGUUGUUCAUAAAAUUUGGAAGUGUUAUGAAGAAUGGGCAAGUCAACACAUUAUUGUGAAACAGCUCAAAAAUUCAAUCGUCGAGGAGAAACUUGAAAAUAGUCCGGAUUUAAACUUUCAAAAGAAGAAAAAUCUUAUUCAAAUCAGCUCCAUAAUAGGGCAUAUUGAGGAAAAUGGUGUAUUACCCAAUGAGAACAACUGUUGCCUUUUUGAAUUGGGAGCAGGAAAGGGGCAGCUAGCGUACUGGAUUACAAAAUCGGCACCGCAAGCGAAUUAUAUUUUAAUGGAUCGAAGUGGUGCUCGAAAUAAAUGGGAUAAGAUUGCAAUGCAGGAAAAUCCAGAUUUGAAUUUGGUACGUUAUCGAUGUGCUAUUGAACACAUGGACUUAUCGAAGAUUGAGCUACUCACGAAGUCCUCUAGAAUUUUGACUGUAUGCAAACAUUUCUGUGGUAGCGCUACUGAUGCCGGUAUUCGUAGCUUAUUAAAUAGUUCUCUGAAUAUUGACGCAGCGCUCCUAGUACCGUGCUGUCACCAUAAAUCCAGAUAUGCUGAGUACGGCGGUAGAGAGCUUCUUGCAAAAUGGGAUAUGGAUUCGGAAGAGGAUUUUGCGGCAUUGCGCUACAUUGUUUCUUUUGCAACUAAUGGAGCGCAAGUUAUUGAUGAUGAGCUCUAUUCUGGAUGGAAAACAUUAUACCCUCCAUUGGAGUUGGGACGAAGAGCGAAAGCGAUUUUGGAGUUAGGAAGGGCGGAAUGAGUAAUGAGAUUCCUUCUUCGUGCUUCGUCCAUUGUUGGAAAUUCUGCCCGAUUCGCUUCUCAGGCUAGAAGCAAGGUCUUUUUGGACGUUAACAUUGGAAAUGAUCCAGCUGGGCGAAUCACGAUUGAGUUGUUUAACGAUGUUGUUCCAAAAACCGCUGAAAACUUCCGCGCCUUGUGUACAGGAGAAAAGGGAGUCGGAAAGAGCGGCGUUCCACUUCACUUUAAAGGAUCCAAAUUCCACAGAAUUAUCCCAGACUUCAUGAUUCAGGGAGGUGAUUUCACAAGACAUAACGGAACUGGUGGUGAAUCUAUUUAUGGUCAUAAGUUUGAGGACGAGAACUUCGAUUUGAAGCACACUGGACCCGGAUGCGUUUCCAUGGCUAACGCUGGUCCAAACACUAAUGGAUCCCAAUUCUUCAUCUGCACCGUUGAUACUCCAUGGCUCGAUGGAGGUCACGUAGUUUUCGGUCAAGUUACCGACGGAAUGUCAGUUGUGCGAAAAGUCGAAAAAAUUGGAUCGCGUUCCGGAAAUCCUUCCAAAACUGUUACCAUCGCUGAUUGCGGAGAGCUAAAAGAGUAG